CGUAACCUCAAAAAUUUACAUGAUUUUUUGCAAUGAAUAAUAUAUUAAAAUGUCGCCAAACUGUUUUGUAUUUCCAAAGAUUAUAUUCAAACCGAAACAUUUUAAAGUUAAGGGAACGCGGCAUGUUUCACGAUAUUUUUCCAGACAACGCAGCAAAUUCAGUGACCGACAUAUUAAACGCUGCAACCAGGACAGUCUAUGCAGGUUUUGAUCCUACUGCAGAUAGUUUACAUGUGGGGAAUUUACUAGUUCUCAAUAAUUUGUUGCAUUGGCAAAGGAGCGGACAUCAAUGCAUAGCCCUGAUAGGAGGCGCCACCGCAAAAAUUGGCGAUCCCAGUGGGAAGAACACGGAGAGAGAAGUGCUUUCAAAAAGUUUCAUAGACGAUAAUGUUCGGGGAAUAUGCGAGAACAUAAGAACAGUAUUUUCCAAUCACAAGAAAUAUAUUUGGAACGAUGAGGAUCCGCUGUUACUGCCAAUAGUUGUUAAUAAUGAAGAGUGGUACUCGAAUAUUAGUGCCGUUGAGUUAAUUGGUGGUGCAGGAAGGCACAUGCGGAUGGGCACAUUACUUUCUAGGACCAGCGUUCAAAGUAGGCUGAAUUCGUCCGUUGGAAUGAGCUUUACGGAGUUCAGUUAUCAGUUAUUCCAAGCUUACGACUGGUUGCAUUUAUUUAAACAAUACAAGUGUAUGUUCCAGAUCGGCGGAAACGAUCAGAUGGGAAAUAUAGUUUCUGGCCAUGAAUUGAUAAGCAAAGCUUGUAAAAAACCAGUGUACGGUUUAACAGUUCCUUUAGUAACAACGGAAAUAGGGGACAAAUUCGGCAAGACGGCGGGCAACGCCGUGUGGCUGGCGCCUGAAAAAACUUCCACAUUCACGUUCUACCAGUUCUGGAUGCGGCAGCCGGACUCGGAAGUAGAAAAAUUCCUAAAACUAUUCACUUUCGACAAAAUCGGCAGCAUUUCGGACCUCAUGAGGCGGCAUCGGGAGAAACCUGAACUGAGAUUGCCCCAAAAGAGACUAGCGGAGCAGGUUACGUUGCUCGUCCACGGAGGCGAGGGUCUAAAGAAGGCGCAAGAGGCGACGUUGGCACUGUACGAGGGCAGCGUCACGGCCUUGGGGCAAAUGAAUACAGAGGAUAUCGCGCAGUUAUUCUCGGGGGCUACAAUUGUGAACGUGAUGCCAGAAGCGGGGCAAGACGUGCUUGAAUUGGCUAUGAAAGCGGGAUGUUUCCCGAGUAAAGACGAUGCUAUUAGGAUCAUCUCAGCGGGAGGGUUUUAUAUAAAUCAACAGAAGGUGAACAAUCCUAGCGAAGUUUUAAACCUCGGUGUUCAUAGGUUAAGGAAUAACGUUACGUUGCUUAGAGUAGGCAAGAGGAAUUAUUAUAUCGUGAAGUGGCUAAAGUGAUUAUUAAA